AUGUUGCUGGCCAACGGGACUGUUUGGCUUAAUUAUAGGGUCCAAGUUGAAGCACCUUGCGAAUUUCAAAUUUCUGAUUUUCCUAUGGAUUCUGCCCGAUGCCAAUUAGUUUUCGAGUCCUAUUCCUACAACACCGCAACCGUUACAAUUGACUGGAUGCCUUCAGCCUUAACUUUACAAUUUGAAGAAAUAAGUGCUUCAGACCACCAGUUGGUACAUACAAAACUGUUUAAGCACACAGAAUAUUACAAAGCAGGAGAAUGGUAUAGGUUAACUCUUGAAAUGGGUUUUAGACGUCGUUAUGGUUAUUAUAUCCUACAGGUUUAUGCCAACACCUACAUUAAUGUUUUCCUGUCUUGGAUCGCUUUCUGUAUUUCCUUAAAAGCUUUAUCUGCACGAGUUAUUUUAUCAGUUAACACGUUGAUUUCUCUAUGUGUUCAGUUUGGCAAUAUUAUCAGCUCGUUACCUCCAGUUUCUUAUGUUAAGCCAAUAGACGUCUUUAUGUUUGUGUGUAUUGCAUUCAUAUUUGCCUCAUUAUUGGAAAUGGCUUUUAUCUCCUACAAGUUAUGUAUUCCAUCUUGUAUUCCAUCCAUGAAUAAAUUUUAG